AUGCUAAAAAUCAAAUGCCACCGAAAAAAUCUAACCUCAACAACGAGCGGAGCAGAGAGGCACGACGCAAACGUGUUGAAAGAGCUCAUAAGUCGGCAGAACAAAUCACAACAAGAAAUGCAGCUCAAAGAAUCAGGACAGCAGAGGGUCGUGCACAAGAAUCUCAAGAACAGCAUGAAGAACGUCUGCGACAGACUAUUACGAGUACAAGAGCGACAGAGGCAGCAGACCAGCCGCUCAUUAAUACGUGCAUCAUUUGUUCGUCUUGCUUUCGAAUAUGCACCAGAUAUUAACUACUCUGCGCAUCCAAAAAUUGGUAUCGGAGCAAUGGAUAAAGUAUAUCAAUAUUGUCAGGCAUUGAAAUUUCGGAAUGAAACACCCGGCAUGUGCUGCGCCUCAGGAAAAGUUGUGCUGUCACCUCUACCCACUCCACCGGAACCUUUAUUAUCAGUUCUUGCUGGCGAGUCAGACGAUUCAAAAUUAUUUUUGCGUAAGAUACGCAAAUUUAAUUCUUGCUUCCAAAUGACGUCAUUUGGGGCAACUAAAAUUUGCGAUCUCACAUCCAAUGGGCGUAAUUUUGAAACUACAUUCAAAGUACAAGGCCAGGUGUACCAUAAAAUCGGAUCAUUGUUGCCAAUGCCUGAUGAUGAUCCAAAAUUUCUUCAAAUUUAUUUUAUGGGCAACUGUGAAGAGCGCGUGACAACUCGGUGCCAAGUUUCGCCACGAUUGCAAAAUGACAACUAUCAAAUCGUCAUAAAAGCAGACAAAGUACCAUUAGGUGAACAUGCUGGCAGAUUCAACGCUCCAACUGUUGAUGAGGUUGCCGUUAUUAUGGUUGGCGAUCCAGUUGACAAAAGAGCUAUAAAAAUUACACGGCGAGACAACACUGUCAGUACGAUUUCGGAUCUACGCCGCUCAUAUGACGCACUGCAAUAUCCAUUAAUAUUUUGGCAAGGACAGGAUGAAUAUCACCUUAACAUCAAACAGUGUAAUCCAAAUACCGGUGCUGAAGGAGAUAAAAAAGUUAGUUCAAUGAACUACUACGCACACAGAUUGAUGGUUAGACUAAAUCAGAACAACUAUAUCCUUCGAUAUCGUCAGCUAUUCCAUCAAUACAUUGUUGAUAUCUACAUCGGCAGUCCACGGAACAUGCAGGAAUACAUACAAGAUGCAAUGACUUACGGCCGACCAGAUUUGUUCAUUACAUUCACAUGUAAUCCGAAUUGGAAAGAGAUACAAACUUUACUAUUACCAGGACAACAAACAAUUCAUCGUCAUGAUAUAACUGCACUUUUUGGUAUUACACGUUGUUGGCUGUAUUCGAUUGAGUGGCAAAAGCGAGGUUUGCCUCAUGCCCACAUUUUAAUUUGGCUUCAAGAUAAAAUCCGUUCUGAAGAAAUUGAUCAAAUAAUUUCAGCCGAAAUUCCAGACCCAUCAAUUGAUCAAAAAUUGUUCGAUAUUGUUACCAAACACAUGAUCCACGGGCCGUGCGGUGCUUUCAACAUGACGUCACCAUGCAUGGAAAAUGGAAAAUGCAAGAAAAAUUUCCCAAAGCCGUAUACGAAUGACACUAUCACGGAUAUUGAUGGUUAUCCAAUGUAUCGCCGCAGAAAUACUGAUAAUGGGGGCCACACAUUCAUAAUGCGACUGCCGAAUUUUACAAAUCAAGUAGAAUUUGACAAUCAGUGGGUGGUACCAUACUCACCAUUACUUUCAAAAACUUAUGAGGCUCAUAUCAAUGUCGAGCUUUGCAGUUCUGUAAAAUCAAUUAAAUACAUUUGUAAAUAUGUAAAUAAAUGCAGUGAUUUGGCCAUAUUUUAA